AUGUUACAUAUAACAAACAAAAAUGAAACCAUAAAAUGUUCAGAUAAAGAGCCCUUCGUGAUGAGACGUUACAGUGGACAGAAAAAUGUGUCAAUUAUCUAUGAUCUUGACAGAGAUCAUAACCCAUCGUUCAACCAACAGCGUCGGAGUUUUAAUAAUAUCACAAUUGUCCCAGUUAAAGAACGACAGAGACGUUUAUCGUUUCGAAGAGACAAUCAAAUUUCACUGGAACCAAUUCAGCAUGAAAUUAACCUGUCAAAGAAAACGCAUUCAUUUUGCUUGAAUCUACCAGUCAUUACAAUAGACAGUCGAAGAGUUGUGAGCAAACUUUCCGACAAUACUGUUUAUUACAGACCAAUGAGAAGCUGCAAUUUGAGUUAUGGAUUCAUUUUGUCUGAGGAGACUUCAAAUAAUGGAGACGAUGUUUCUGAUAAAUCCAGGAAACCUCGUUCAUCUGCUUCUUCAAGUUCAUCAGUAUCGAUAUCAGGAUCCGUGCCAGCUUCAACAUCAUCAUCAGCAUCAUUUAAUCAAAGAAAACAUGUAGUAAAAGAAUUAGUGAAAACACAAGUAGACUUUGUAUCAGAUAUGAAAAAUGUCUUGAAUGCAUUUGAUUCUGUUGGUUUAACGGUUACUGAAUCCAAUCGAUAUUCAUUGUUGGGAAAUUUGGAUCAAUUGGUAUGUGUUUCUGAUGAUAUUUCAACGGAGUUACAAAAAGAAAUAUCUACAUAUAGUGAUGACCAACUUGGUAAUGCAUGUAUCGCUACAUGUAUAAAUUCAUUCAGAUCAUCUAUAAAUGAAGCAUUGAAGACGUAUAUCUUAAAUUUUUCAGUAGAUGCUUCAACAAAGAAUACAGAAAUUCAAACAUUUUCCGUGCUUGGUUUCAAAAAUCUUCAAAGCGAACGUCCAAAUAUAUUGACUUUAAAUGAUGAAUUAAUCAAACCAGUUCAAAGAUUAGUUAAGUUAAAACAACUGUUUGAAUUAUUGAAAGAUGUAACACCGAUAAAUCAUCCAGAUUGUUUGGCAACUACGCAGAUGUUCAAUAACUUUGAUCAAUUAGCCUAUGAAGUGAAUGAAGUCAAACGAUGGAAAGAGAUUUGUGCCAGUGUUUCUGAAGAAACGCGAAAAUAUUCCCUAUUUCAAUUAGUUGACAAGAGCACUAAAAGAAUAAUAGCAAAGGCUGCACGUAGCUCAGGCUCAGAAGCUACUCGUAAAAUUCAACAAAGGUUUCUAACAGAACGAGAAGCCAUAAAUCAUAUCGAGAAAUCAUGUGCAUUAUUACAGAGUGCUGUUGAGUCUCGAUGUAAGAAAACUCGGAGAUUUAUAUUGGCACAGAAAGACUUUAUCUCUUUUAUGAAAAAAGUAUUUUUACAACGAAACACAAUUAAACUUCAUUCUGAUAUACCAACAACUAAUUGUUCAUCAAAUGAAUUACCUAUCGAUUUAAUAAUAAAUUGUGAAAUUGCAUUUGAUACAUUAAUUCAUUAUAUGAAUGAUAUAUAUUUGAGAAAAAUGUCAUCUAGUGUAGUUAAUCGUUUAAAUGAAUUGAAAAAAUUAAUAAAUCUUUCAAAGCGCCUUUUGGAUAAAUACGAUAAUACAGAAUUGAACAUUGUUUUGAUGGAAGCUUCAAUGAAAAACCAUAAAAAUGUUCAAGCUGUUGUUAAUAUGCAAUUACAAAGAGAAGACAAUAUACGAAAUCUGUCUACUUUACAGUUUGGACUACAACAUAUCCUACCUUCAUUGGUAAAAAGUGCAAAUAAUAUUUUAUUAUCAGCUAGUCAAUACGCUUUUAUACUUCAAUCAAAUCUUAUGCAAGAAGCUGAAAAUUUAGUUCACAAGUGUAUUAACGAUACUGAAAAAGACAAUAUAUCUAUACAACCUGGAUGUAAUAUAUCUCCUGCAGAACUUAUUAUUCGUCUAGAUAAAUUAAAAUCUCUUCUCUACGAAACAAAACGUUGUCGAACUCACAGAAUAUAUGAAGUACCUAGUGUAUUUAAAUGGGAAGAAGAAUCAACGUGUAGUGACAAGAAUAAUUUACCUCAUCAGGAAUCUCCUGUAAUGUCAGUUAGCAGUCAUCUAUCAAAUUCAGAUAUAGAUAUUCAACCCUGUCAAACAAUUUCAACUAGAAGUGUUAUUAAAAAUUCCUUAUCACCAUAUCCGGAAAUGAAAAUUAUUUAUCGUGAGUCUGAUUACCAACAGGAGAAAAAACUGUGCAGGAUUUCUUCAGGUGAUGACAUUAGAUAUAUAAGUGUGAAAGAACAACCUUCAACUUCAAAACUCUGUAUGAAUGAUGAUUUUCCCGAUAAACCAACUCACAGAAUUACUCAUGACUUUUCGUCUAAAAAUAAAAAUGUUCUAAUAUUGUCCAAAGGUCAGUUAGUGACAAUCAUAAGAUCUUAUGGUCAAAAUGGGAAUACUAAUUGGAGUUUAGUCAAAUUUCAUCCAUAUGGUGAAAUUAAAUUCGUACCAACUAACUAUCUCGAAGCAAUAUGA